ACUGUGAACAGCGUGAAGUCCGUGGCAAAAACAUCGCGAACUUCGAUAUUUUUCCUGUGUAAAACCGAUGCUUGCCUUGGCACUGAGAGGAACUGUUAGGCAGAGCGCCAAAUGGUUGUGUUGAAGCAACUUUCAGACUUUUGGAAGCUUCUUCGAGAGGUUAAAGGGACUGUGGUAACCAAGGUUACUCCAAGCAAGUGUCCACGUUCAGCAAAGACUUCGACAACAGAGAGAAACCGCAUUUGAAACAUGAACUUAAACAACUCAAGAGGAGCUAAAGACUGGUGUUAUUAUCCUAUGACGAACAUUCUCCAGUGUAAGGUAACAUCUCUCUACUUCUUGGACCCCAAACAGCAGCGGUCACCUUUCUGGAGUGAGUGAAAUUGCAGAGUUGUGAGUACGAUGGCUUUACUUUGCGGAAGUCUCGUGAGGAGCGGUCGCUUGGCUCACAUCCCUUCACACCUGACACGAAACCUGCAGGUCUACAGACACUGGGAGAAAUCCUCCUUGUACUGCCAGAUCACAAAAACGGUCGCCUGGACAGGACCACAUUAUUCGUUGAGUACCAAUGGAGGAUAUAAGAUGUGUUUACGGACUUGUGCCAGACCCAGUGUACUGGCUUCUGGUGGUCCUGUCCUGACACAGUACCCACAGCACUUCCACACAUCGGCCCCCCUGAAGGCCCUGCCCAUGCCCUUCAUUUGGAUCAUACUCAAACCUCUGCAGAAGCUUGCUGCUAUAAUUCUGGGCAGAAGUAUUAGGAAGUGGUGGGUGGCUCUACCAGACAACCGGCGGCAGCUCCUGCGGGAAUGGACCUGGCAGCGCCGCUGGUAUCUGGCAUCAGGGGCAGGUGUUGCCAUGGUGAUUGUAGCCCUCCUGCUUCUAACUCACCUGGAUGAGACCCCAGUGACAGGACGGACCCGCCUCCUGGUGUUCAGCAGAGAAAACUUCAUGGAGCUGGCAGCUGUGACUUCAGACUCAUACAUGAAGGAGUUUGCAGAGCUGCUGCUUCCGGUCGCUGACCCCCGUCACCAGGUGGUGGAGCGGGUGGUGCAGCACCUGGCGCAAAGGAACAAGGACAUCCCUGAAGUAACUGAGGUCACAUGGAGUGUGCAUGUGGUGCAAAGUCCCAACAUCAACGCCUUUGUCCUACCAAACGGGAAGGUGUUCAUGUUUACCGGGAUGCUGGACGUGGUGGCAGAUGUUCACCAGCUCACUAUUGUCCUUGGACAUGAGAUGGCUCAUGCUAUACUGGGACACUCUGCAGAGAAGGCCAGUCUGUCCCAUGUGUUGGACCUCCUCUCCGUGGUUCUGCUGACGGCCAUCUGGGCCAUGUGUCCCAAAGACAGCCUGGCAUUGGUGGGACAGUGGGCACAGGACAAGCUUAAGCAGCUGAUGUUCAGUCGCCCCUACAGUCGUAAACUGGAGACUGAGGCAGAUCUGGUGGGACUGCAGCUGGCUGCAAAGGCAUGUGCAGAUGUUCGAGCAGGUCCUGUUUUCUGGCAGCAAAUGGACAUCAGAGACCAGCUGACGGGACAGCCGGAGCUCCCCGAGUGGCUGUCCACACACCCGUCUCACAGGAACAGAUUCACUCAGCUGGACCGUCUCAUACCGCAGGCUCUGGAGUUGAGGGAGAGUUGUGUGUGUCCUGCCCUACCGGCCACUGACCCACGCACCGUCUUCUCUAAGAGCGUAAAGGUGUUACUGGAAAAGUCAACGCACCAGGGGAUCGUAGGACCAGAGAGGGCACUCAUGCCCCACCCAACCAGCAGCCCCACCUCACUCCCCGCAGCUCUACCUGCAGCAUUACUGGCCCAGUCUGAAACUCCUUUUAAUGCAAAUGUGGGCAAGUUGGGGGAAGUUGCCCAGGAAGCACCUCUUGUUGCUGCUGCUGCUGCUGCUGCUGCUGCUGGUGGGGGGGGCAGGAUCCCAUCCAACUGACAGGGGGUGUUCAGUCAGUCCUCUCAAACUUCCACUCGACAAAUCUGACUGACUGCACUGGAGUAUUUAUUGUACUUGAGAGGCUUUUUCUUCUCGCCUGUCAAAUUUCAAAGCCUGUUGGUGGUAAAGGUGGUGAAGUUUCCACCUAUGGACGACCAGACGACCAGCACAGUGAAGCGUCUAUAUGGGGGGGCCGUGUGAGAUAAGGUGAAAGUACAAACGAGUGGCAAAAGUCAGCAAUAUGAUAGUGAGACUGUUAUCCAUGUCUUGCGACUCCAAAGAUUGCAACAUUAAUUAGAUAACCUUGGAGGCGGAAAUGCUGAAUUAAUUAGCAAAGCUUCCAUACGUCGUGAGAUUAAUAUGUGCAUUAUUCAUUGAUACACAGCAACAGACGAGGGUAAGCACUUAUGUGUGCAUGUUGGAGGCUGCGACCACGGCAGGCAGAGGACAUCUGCAUUCUCAUUACGGCUGCAGCGCUCUCAUGCCACAUACACAGCACUUUAUGCAUUCUCCAGCCAGAGGGGCUUAAUGGUGUAAAUUUAUGCUGGGUUGUUUUUAGGGGGUUUUAAAACAGUCUUCUGCACAUGAAUGCCAAUAUUAGCUGUCAAGCUUUUAGAAAUCUUUCAAGGGAUUUUUAUUUUGGUAAAAAAAAGAAAAAAAUCUUAUUUAACAAAGCAAGUUGAGUGAGUAAAUGUUCACAUUUACUGCAACCGCCUGCGGGAGCCGUCGCACAAUGAAAAGAGGAGGCCAGUUAUGGUUCAACUUCUGGUAAUCCUUUAUGCGUGUGUGCUGUAAUAAAAUUGUUAC